AAUAGAAAGUGUCAUAUUAUUUAAUAGUGUUCGGCUAUAAAAAAAAUCCGAGAAAAUGACUCCAUAUUUAAAAAGGCGGAACAUGGCCAAUGCAAAAUUUGUCGUUUAUCAAGUAGUAUUCGUAAUUGCAUUUGCAGCUAUAUGUCAAAGUGCUAUCAUGGGGGUGGAUCCAACAUUAUACGAAGAUUCACUGGAAGAACUAGAGAGAAUGUAUUUUCCUGAAAGAUACGAAGCAAUGAAGGAAGACUAUACUAUCCCAAUUCUUGGAGACCUGAAUGAUGACGUAAUACACGAGAAUACAAGAGGGUUCAAGAAUCCGUUUGUUAUUAAGAGAGAUGACGAUGAGGAGAAACGUGGAAAAAACGACCAGGCAAAACAUUUCUACAAGAGUCCGUUCGUUCUCAAGAGAAAUCAAUAUCAGAUGCCUCUGAUCUUGAAGGAAAGAUUCAAGAAUCCAUUUGCAUUCAGAAGCGUCAUACCAGAUGUUAGAGCAAUGUAUCAGAAUCCUUCUAUUUUCAGACGCCUCGCCGAGGAAAUGAACGCCGUUAGACAGGACGACGGAACAUACUAGAACAUUGCUGAUGAAUGAAUAUUCAAAAGUAUCCGGGAUAGAGGCACUACUUUUUGCAACUAUUAAUUGAUAUUUAUUACUAAUGAAAACAAUCAUGUUUAUUGGUAGUUUUCUAUAUAUUCCUAUACAAGUCUAUACUUAUACAAACAAAAUGCAGUCUUAUAAAUUUUCAAUGGCUGAUUUUCAGGCUCGAAUCAUCUACAUAUUUUUGCAUUUUAGUUCAUUUUACAUGAAGUCUAUAAAAUUCAAACAAAUUCGAUUGAUGAAAUCAGUAAUUCGCAGUUUUUCCUAAAGCCAAUCAUGUAACUGUUACCGUGGAUUUUUUGCAUAGCAUUUUUUGCCAGCCGACUGAUAUGUACUUAUAGACUAUGCUGGUUUGCUUCUAGUUUAUACAUACGAACUCGAAGCAUGCGGCAAUUGAUAAGCCUCAAAUUCACAUCUAUUGAAUAUGACAUGACAAUGUUACAAUGUGUAGGAAACGGUUUGAGAAAGCUCAAAAUUGAUAUUGUAAUAAAUAUUUUGGUACUACUAUAUACAUCGCUUAUAAAUUGAAUACCUGAUUCAACCCGGCCUAAUAUGAAAUGUAAAUCACAUAAUGGUUUAUGAUCUAUUCCAUAAGUUGAUGUUUGAAAAAAAGGAAAAUUAUGCCUUGCGUUCAUAUCGUAUUAAUUUCAGUAUCGUAUGUCAGAAAUUUUAUGUGAAUAAAGUUUGUGUAUAUUUUGUUCGUACCUUUAUUUUACUUGUGAGAUUUUAAAUAUAUAUAAUUCAUGCAA